CAACUGGCGCAACUCUCCGUAACCAGUUUUCCACAAGGUAGAAGGGAAAGAACGAGAGCCUACUCAUCAGUUUUGCAGAAGAUGGCCGACGAUGGGGACUACGAUAUGGACGGAGGAUACGAGGAUGAGCCGCAAGAGCCUGAGCCCGAUGAAGGGGCAGAAGAGGAAGCAGAUAACGAGAACAAUGAGGACACUGCUGAUCCCCUUUUAGCUGAAACUGAUGACAAAGGAGCGGAUGAACCAAAAGAACGAGCUCGAAAGACAUCGAAAUACAUGACAAAGUAUGAACGUGCAAGAAUUUUGGGUACUCGUGCGCUGCAAAUCAGCAUGAAUGCGCCCGUGAUGGUUGAAUUGGAAGGUGAAACUGAUCCACUUGAGAUUGCAAUGAAGGAGCUACGAGAGCGGAAGAUACCUUUCACCAUUCGCCGCUACCUGCCUGAUGGAAGUUACGAAGAUUGGGGAGUGGAUGAAUUAAUUGUCGAGGAUUCGUGGAAGAGGCAAGUUGGAGGUGAUUAGUCCAAAGUAUGCGCUGGUGGUAUUUUGGUUCUGAAGUUCAUGUUUGUAAUGGGUUUCUUGAAUGUUCGGUUGCCACCUUACAAGCUUUGAUGUUUGUGACCUAUAUGCACAACUUUCUUCAGAGUAUGUUUGCUACUAAUGGGGUCAGUAAUCUUGAUUACUACUUUUCAGGUCAACUUAACUCCUAGCUAAUCAGGUUAAGUUUGGAAGCUACAUAUGCUGUAAUUGACGGGCAGUUAAGCGUGAUUUAACAAAUCUGAUUUAUUGGCCA